AUGGAUCGCCAACAUCAGAUAUUACCGCUACCCCUACCCCCAGAGCUCUUGUACGUCGUGUUUUCCUUCAUGUCGGCCUCCGAAGCCCGAUCCUUACGACUAGUUUGCAGCGAAUUUGCAGAUAUCGGUGCCUGGCAUGGCUUUAGAAUGCUUAUCAUUCAUAUCUACGAGCCUGAUUUCUCCAUGUUGUGUCAUUUUGCACGCCACCCGGCCAUUAGCAAAAGCGUCCAGGAGCUCGUCUACGUCUGCCACAAGCUUCCAAGGCCAAAAAGAAGCAAUGACCCAUAUAUAUCGCUGAAAGAAUAUGUAUCGAAUACUACGAAUAACGAAUUGCGCGAAAGGGUAUUGGCCUGUAAGACAAAUUGGCUUCCGGAUGACGCAGCUGAGAGGGAUCCCAUGUCUAAGCAAGACGUCGAAGAGAACUACCGUCGUUAUAAAUGUGCUGUGAAAUAUCAGCAAUACAUAUUGUCAACAAAAGAAGAUUACAGACUUUUCAAAGAGGUUAUACCGAAGUUUACCAACUUGAAGAGCAUCUUCGUCUGUACCGAUUUUCUCACGUGUUGGUCGCCAUUCAAACAGUUCUUCGUUCAUAUACGCGACUCGCUUUGGCCACAGUGCCACCGUCCAAUGGAAGUAAUCAUGAAUGGAUUAAAAGAAUCAGGGACACAGAUUCGCUCUUUAACGUGCGCCAGGGCAGAUGCGAGGUCGUUUCGGAAGAACUUUAUCAACAGAAUUAGAACCGUGUAUGAGGGCUUAGAAACUAUGCAUUUCUGGUUUGAGAGCAAAGGAGACAUACUACCAAUUUUCUACCCAGAAGCCCAAGGAAUGCAUUUCCCGGGUACACAACAAAGGACAAUAUCAAAGCUUCUCGAGGCCCUUCCUACACUCAAGAAUCUAGGACUUUUUUUUACUCAGCCUGCCUAUCGACACGCGGGCUACGCUGAAUUCAACAACAUUGUCACGCCUAGAUUCAAAUGGGAAAACCUGGGCAUGGUUUACCUACACCAAGUUAAGGCUGAUAUAAAUGACUUGCUUGACUUCUUUCAAUUACAUCAACUGACAUUGAAGUAUAUUGCUCUUAGCCACUGCAGCCUUUCUACUAGUUCGUGGGCAAGACUGUUAAGGGAAAUGAAGAAGGCUAUGAAACUUGACCGCAUCCGUCUUUCUAAGCUAUUGUUCGGCGACUCCGAAGCAGUGGGAAACUUGUCCGAUCCCACUGCAGUACUCACUGACCAACGAGAGUGUUGGGACUUUGGGGCCAAUUAUGAGGAGCACCAUCAGACUCAAUUUUUGUCUGAUAUAAACGAGUGGUUCGUUCACGAUGGACCUUGUCCCUUAACGCCGGAACGGAUAGACGAAAUAAGGUUACUGUUGCCUAUAGAUGUAUGA